CGGUCUCUCUGCUACCUUCCUCAAUCAGUAUGAAGCUUACGCAAGUCACUCACGGUUACGAAGAAGCUGUGCAGCUUCAUGCUUGGAAAUGCCGCCAUGACAGCUUUCUCAUCGGUCUUGCCAUGGCAGAAUCGGCACGAGGCGGUUGACGUUAUCAGAGACCCAGUACCAGGGGUUGAAUUGAUGAAAAUUCGGUUCUAUAAGAGCAGGAGGCUCGCUCGUGUGCUGAGCCCCGCCAUCGUGAGGUGCCUCUUGAGUAGUACACUAUGAGAACCUCACUUUUCUUGCUCGCCGCUAUUGGCGCAGAAGCUUGUCAGCGUGAGCGCAUGUUCAAGCGCCAUGCUCACGGCCACGUCAAGAGACAAGCUAGCUUCCCACCCGUCUUGGAUGCCAAUGAACAGAUCUUGAUCAACUCGUUUGACAACACCUCCAUCUCGACAUGGUCGUACUACUACACCCAUGGCGACCACAUCGCAGGAAGAAACGAGUCAAUGGCACAGUGGACUGCUGACAAGUGGGCAUCCUUCGGGUUUACCUCGAGGCUGGACGAAUACUAUGUAUUCCUCAACUAUCCCGUUUCCCACUCUCUUGUCUUGACCUACCCCAAUGGCAGCACUUACACCCCCACUCUUCAAGAAGACGUACUUGAAGAGGAUCCUACCACCAGCUACCCGAACAGCAUCUCGACGUUCCACGGCUACUCCUUCACCGGCAACGCAUCUGCAGAAUAUGUCUACGUUGGAAGGGGUCAGCAGGUCGACUUCGAGCGCCUGGAGGCACUCGGCGUUGACUUUAAGGGCAAGAUCGCUCUGGCCAAGUACGGUGGUCCAUUCCGUGGGCUCAAGGUCAAGAACGCGCAAGAUCACGGCAUGAUCGGUGCAGUCAUCUUCACUGAUCCAGGUGAUGAUGGUAACAUGACUGAGGCCAAGGGUCAGUUGGCGUACCCCAAUGGUCCGGCAAGAAAUCCCUCCACAGUGCAAAGAGGCAGUGUUCAAUUCCUCAGUACCUACCCCGGAGACCCCACAACUCCCGGGUAUGUAUCAAAAGAAGACUCUCCAAGGUCUGAUCGCAGCCUCAUCACUCCUCAAAUCCCCUCUUUACCGAUUUCUUGGACCGAGGCACAGCCUCUGCUGCAAGCAUUGAAUGGCUUUGGCCCAUCAAGCGCAGAGAUUAAUCGCACUGGCUGGGUUGGUGCCAUUCCUGGCGUUAAUUACAGCGCCGGCACUGGUUCGGGUGCUAGUCUUGCUAUGAGCAACGUCAUGAACGACACAUACGGCACCAUCUGGAACGCCAUUGGUAUUAUCAAUGGCACAAAUGAGGACGAAGUUGUCAUUGUUGGCAAUCACCGCGACGCCUGGAUCAUUGGCGGCGCAGCAGAUCCGAACUCAGGUUCAGCGGUGCUCAUCGAAUUGGCUAAGGCCUUUGGUGAGCUCACCAAGACUGGCUGGAAGCCUGCUCGCACAAUUGUGCUCUGCAGUUGGGACGCCGAGGAGUACGGACUCGUUGGAAGUACUGAAUGGAUGGAGGAGUACAUCCCGUGGCUCAAGAGUGCUGCGGUAUCUUACCUGAACAUCGACGUAGCCGUUGCCGGCCCUAUUCCUGAUGUCUCAGCAACUCCAGAUUUACAUGCAGUUGCUCAAGAGCAGAUGAAGAAGAUCAUCUACCCCUUCCGCGGCAGUACCAAUCAGACUAUGUAUGAUGUCUGGUCAACCAUCGAUGGCACAGUCGGUAUUCUAGGUAGCGGGAGUGACUACACUGCCUUCCUCCACCGCGGCAUUGCAGCAAUCGACAUGGGUGCAGGCGGCGGACCAAACGACCCGGUCUACCAUUACCACUCCAACUACGACUCCUACCACUGGAUGGCGAACUUCGGGGACCCUGGUUUCCACACCCACAAGGCUAUAGGUCAAUACUUGACUCUCCUUCUCUACCACAUGGUCAACGACCCAGUGGUUCCUCUCCAGCCCGCAGACUACGUCGAGGAGCUGAACACCUACCUGAAGGCACUCAACAGCACGAUCGCUUCUGCCAACGCGACCGUCGAUCUGUCGGCCCUUGUCGACGCCAUUUCAACCUUCGAGUCCUCAGCACAGCAAUUCAACGACCUGCGCGACCAGGCCGUCGCAGCCAACAACACCGAGCUGAUCACUGUCCAGAACCACAAAGCGCGCGAUUUCUCCCGCGGUUUCACCUCUCAAGGCGGUCUUCCCACCAGAGAGUUCUACCAGCACACCAUCUUUGCGCCUGGCCGUGACACCGGCUACGCACCCGUCACCUUCCCAGGUAUCACCGAGAGCAUCACAUUCGAUGAAGAUGCCGACUUGGCGAUCGAAUGGGUAGAGAAGACAAGCGCUGCGAUUCUGAUAGCUGCCAGUAUCCUCAAAACCUAGCGAGUUGUUGAUAUUUUCGCAAUGAUCAAGCGUGGCGUUUGGACGCAUGUGGGCGGCCUCUCGUGUUCGAGAAAAGUUCGACUACAAUACGGAAGUAAUUGUAGCCUUCAGAGCUUUAUUUAGUUGCAGACGAUGCACAGAUGGACUCUGACUACCCCCCAUAAUUUCGGCAGUUUUCUCUUACCGCCGAGCCUUUCUGCAACACGAGAGGCGGCAUCCACGUAGAGGUUCGGCGCAAGCGUCGAGUCGGCGAAUAGUAGAGAUCAAUGCGCACAUACGCAGCAGGCGCAGCAGAUAAUCGUAGUCUUAUUCUAAUGAGUCAUGAAGCAACGAAUCCAUGUUUUGGC